CGCCGCUGCAUCCAUGCGGUGCUCCAGACCGCAUACAUGCAUCCGCCAACUUGACAACCUAUCAAUGUUUGAUCGUCGCAGCAUCCUCCAUUCCCUCUACAACGUCAACUUCAAGUUCGCCCCGACUUGCUAAGCACCCUGCUGCUACUCCCCUGCAUGCUUAGAGAGCGCACCCGCCAAUGGGGACACAUUUCCCGCGACGUCUGCACGAACAAGACUCUGAUCACGCAUAACGGCACUGGCACCUCAGCGUCUACAACCCACGAAUACCACAGGUACAGCCCUAAAGCCGCACCAGGCGCAAGCUCUUGUCACCAGACGUCCGCUGUCUCUGCUUAGUCUUCGGGACGCCCUUCCGCUUCUCGAUUCUCCGACUGACAUACUCGGGACGCUGUUCACGCGACCGCGCAAAUCCGAUCGAUAGCGCCACCGGUCCUGCGACAGAUUCACUGCACAGAAAGCAUGCCACCUCCAUUCGGGAGACAAACAACGGCCGGUGGCGGUGGAAAGAGGAAAUCAACGGGUGCAAGGAGGAGAAAAUCGGGAGCGGAUGGUAGGGGUGCACAUGCGGAUGUAAGCGGAGACACAACGGUAUCUCGUCGCAAGCCUCGAUUCAAGCCAGGGACACUAGCCAUCCGGGAGAUUCGUCGGUAUCAAAAGUCGACGGAUCUAUUGAUUCAAAAGCUUCCUUUUGCACGAGUUGUACGAGAAGUGGCCGACGAUUUCAUCACGAACGCAUACGAUGGAAGCGGAGGGGCGGGACUGAGGUGGCAGAGCAGCGCGAUUUUGGCCUUGCAAGAAGCUACGGAAGCGUACUUGGUGCACUUGUUCGAGGAUGCUAAUCUUUGCGCUAUUCACGCCAAGAGGGUGACCAUCAUGCAGAGGGACAUUCAGCUGGCUAGACGCAUCAGAGGCGUGUGGGGUGGCAUGGGAUGAGCGACUGGCUGGCUGGCUACAUCUUCUUCAACCUUUAAUUCAUGAUUCUCACUCGCUUUGGCCUCUCGUCCCUGGCUUAAAUCGUGCGCACGCAAUACCCGCCACAAUCACGACCACCGUCAGACUUGCUCCGUCACACU